AUGUCUUCUUCAGAGCACCUUCACCCUCUUGACCCGGCCACCGCCGAGGAGAUCCAGAUCGCCACAGAUUUGGUCAAGACGCUCUUCUAUGGCAUUCCUCUUCAUUUCAAGGCCGCUGGCCUCGAUGAGCCCCCGAAACAGGAGAUGGUGGCUUACCUCAAGGCAGAGCACGCCGGCCAGCCUCUCCCGGAAAUCCCUCGUCGCAUCUUUGCGAUAUGGUACAUCAAGCGCACUCCUCGUUUGUUCGAGGGUGUCAUUGACGUUACCAACAAGCGGGUGGUUCAGCACGAGGAGUUGCCUAGGGAUUUCCAUGGCCCCGUCGACCGUGUUGAACUCAACGAAGCUGCUCAGGUGGUCAUGGCCAAUGCUGAUGUCCACAAAGAGCUUGAGCGUCUGAAGAUUGAGAGGUCCAACGUGGUUCUCGAUCCUUGGGACUAUGGUGUUGAUGGUAUUGACACCCAAGAGCGUAUGACACAGGUUUUCAUGUACAUGAAGAACCCAAAGAACAACGAUGUCGACUCAUCACACUAUUCCUUCCCUCUGGACUUCAUGGUCAUUGUCGAUCUUUGUGCCAUGAAGGUCAAGAAGAUCAUCCGACUACCCCUAGGAGCCGACGAGAGCACGACAGAGGGAAUGGAUGACAUUGCACACCGCGAGACCGACCCCGCCGAGCCGGAGUACGACCAUCGUCUGCAAAAGAACCCUCCUCGCACAUCCUUGAAGCCGUACAAUGUCAUUCAGCCCGAGGGUGCAUCCUUCACUGUAAAGGGCCAUCUGAUCGAGUGGGAGAAGUGGCGCUUCCGUGUCGGUUUCAACUGGCGCGAAGGUCUCACACUUCACGAUCUUCAUUUCAUGGAUAGAAGCACAUUCUACCGCCUGUCUUUGUCCGAGAUGUUUGUCCCAUACGGAGACCCUCGCAGCCCCAUCUACCGCAAGGGCGCCUUCGACCUCGGCAACGUUGGUGCUGGAGUUACCGCGAACAACCUUCAACUGGGAUGUGACUGCCUGGGCACCAUCAAGUACAUCAGCGGCUGCGUUGUUUCUGCAGACGGCAGUCCCGCUCCGCGACCCAACGCCAUCUGCAUCCACGAGAUCGACAACGGCAUCCAGUGGAAGCACACCAACCACCGCACCGGCAAGGCCACCGUUGUGCGCAAGAGACAACUCGUUCUCCAGCAGAUCAUCACCGUCGCCAAUUACGAGUACAUCUUCGCAUGGAUCCUCGAUCAGUCAGGCGAGAUCUCCUUCGAGACCAGAGCGACCGGUAUUCUGUCAACGCAGCCCAUCGACAAGGACUCCAAGGUGCCGUGGGGCACCCGUGUUGCCGACGGCGUCAUGGCUCCUUACCACCAGCACCUCUUCAACGUGCGCAUCGACCCCGCCGUCGACGGCCACCAGAACACCUUCACAUAUACCGACUCUGUCCCGAUGCCCUGGGACCAGAAGCUUAACCCCCUGGGAACCGGCUACGUCAGCAAGGAAACUCCCGUCAUCCGCGCCGGCCCCGUUGAGGAUAGUCUCAAGGAUGGUCGCGUCUUCAAAAUCGUCAACGAGAACAUCCAGAACCCCGUUUCUCUAACGCCGGUGGGCUACAAGCUGGUCCCGAUCCGCUCGCAAAUGCUUCUCGCGCAGCCGGGCUCGUGGCACUGGCGGCGCUCCGAGUUCUGCGAGGCCCCGAUCUGGGUCACCAAGUACAAGGACCGCCAGCUCUUCCCGGCUGGUGACUACACCAACCAAGGUCUCGGCGGCACCGGCAUCAAGUCAUGGACCAAAGAGCGCGACCACAUCCCCAACGACGACAUCGUCAUCUGGCAUACCUUCGGCUUCACGCACAACCCGCGGGUGGAAGAUUUCCCCAUCAUGCCCGCCGAGAUUGCCCAGUUCCAUCUGAAGCCUUACAACUUCUGCCAGUACAAUCCCACGAAUGACGUACCGCCCUCGAGCCAGGCCUUCAACAAGAGCACGUUGUAUGAGGAGUCCAAGACGGGCUCGUGCUGCGGCACUGAUACCCCUGCUGGGUCGGCUUCCAGCAAGGGUGAUGGCGAGAGCCCGUUCGUAAAGGUCACUCUACCUACCAACACAAAGGCUUAG